AUGAAUCUUUACUUCUUAUUCUUUAUUAUUAUAUUUAUUCUUUUAAAAAAUAUUGAUUGUAUAUCAAUAAAAUAUCGUAAAUGGUGUUCACCAUGGAAAUUUUGUUCAUUAACUGAAUGGAAACCUUGGAGUCCAUGUGAUAAAACAUGUGGAGGUGGUAAACGUACACGUUAUAGACAAAUGUGUUCACUACCAGUUAUGGACUUUACUCAACAUGUUGCUAUGUGUCAUAAAAAAUUUGAUGAUUUAGUUCAAUAUGAAAAUUGUUCUCAAACAUGUUCUGAUUAUGGAAUAUGGUCUAAUGAAACAAAUCAAUGUGUAUGUAAUGAUUCAAAUAUUGUUGAUUCAUGUUGUAUGACAGAUCGUGGUCGAUGGUCAGAAUGGUCAAUAGCAUCUCGAUGUAUAGCACGUUGUGGAACACAUGGUAUACGUAAUGUAACACGUACGUGUUUAUGGAAAAAUGGUCUUAUACGAGAUAUUAUAGAUACGAAUUGUACUGGAGAUGACUUUCAAUAUGAAAUUUGUUUUAAAGAUUGUCAUGAACUAGAAUAUGAUGAAGAAUAUUUUGAUAAAAUGCCUAGUAAUACAACUGUAAUGAUUGGUAAACAUGCACAGUUUAUAUGUAAACAAAAAAGUGGAACAAUUAAAUGGUUAAUUAAUGAUCAAGAUGUGUCAAUCUUGUCAAUACAAAAUCCUUCAAUAAAAGUUGUUUCAAAUGCUACAACAUUAUUUAUUUAUCCAGUAACACAAUUUUUCUCGUCUGAAACUCGUAUAACAUGUCAAAUAAAUAUGCCAGAUGGUGAACAUAUCAAUCGACAUGCUUGGAUGCUAAUUGAUACUAAUGGAAAUACUUUUGAAAAUUCUAUUGAUAAUCAAUGUGCAUUAAUAAAACCAAUAGAAUCUAUUUAUUAUGUUCGUUUAGGUUCAAGUUUUUCCAUACAAUGUCAAGCUAAAACACCAAAUGCAACUAUUAUAUGGCAGAAAAAUGGUGCUAUUAUUCAUGGAAAUGGAGAAGAUAAUAUGCAAAUAUUAAUUGAAUAUAUGUUAUUUAUUGAUACAAUUAAUAUCAAUCAUAAUACAAGUUAUUCUUGUACUGUCCAAACAACAUCAAAAUGUAAACAAACAUCUUACUGGAUGUUGAUUGUAUUUGAAAAUACUCAACAAAUUUCUAAUACAUUUCAACCAAAUCCAUUGAAUUUUGUUGGAACACAUGGUAUUGUACUUCCUAGUUCAUCACCAUGGCAUGUAACAAUAUCAUAUCGAGAUACAUCAAUAAAUUUUGUUUAUGAUGCAUUUUGUUCAGGUCUAUUAAUUGACGAAGAUACUAUUUUAAGUGUAUCACAAUGUUUUGAUAAAUCAUCAUCUUUACAAACAUUUCUUCAACAACAACAAUUAAUAUUUGAUCCAACAAAACUUAUUAUUUAUGUUGCUAAAUAUGAUCGAUUAAGUACAAGUGCAUUCGAACGACAAUCAUCUGUUAUACAAAUAUUAAAUUCAUACAAUGAUUUUAUUAUAUUAAAAGUACAUUUACUUUUUCUCAGUAUAGAAUCUCGUCCAUUACCAUUAGCUACAAUGAAUGAUAUAACUACAUUAAUGAAUAAUAUUUCUUUAUAUGCAACAGGUUGGGGUCCAUUAUCAACAAAUGCUGAUAAACCAAUGCGUCUUAAAUAUAUACAACAACGAUUAAUUGAUUGUAAUAUUUCAUAUUCAUCACCGAUUACGCUAUGUACAACAGCUAUAGCUAUAAAACAACCGAAUUUAUGUCCAGGUGAUGCAGGCGGCAUACUUUUUGCUCAAACGAAUCAACGUAUAUUUGCUGUUGGACUUAUAUCUCGUUUUUCUAAAACAUUUUGUGAUAUGCGUUCAGCACAAGUAACAACUAUUAUUCGUUUGGAUACGAUAUCGGCUUGGCUUAAACAAAAUUCACUUGUAUAA